GAAGAAACAAUGUCUGGACCUCAAGGCGUGCUGGCUACCACUCAUGGGGAAACUGCGUUCUUUCGAGCAGUGAUUAGAUACCGUCCUAGAGGAAGUCACCGACAUUUUGCUGUGAUUGCGAUGUGCAAGGAUUUAGAACGUGAACUCAACACUUUUGUUUCUACCGAGGAAGUCUGGGAUCUUCUUCGUACCUCUUACAACCUUGAUCUCCUCAACGAAAGGGAUCCCGAUGUGAUCGACGAUUCCGACCCGUCCCUUACAACCAAGGAUCUAGCUGGCGAACGAUUUUAUGAAUUUCAGCUUCCGAUACAUCCCACAACUCCAUCCGAACUUUCUUUCCUACCCUUUGUUGAUCAACGUAGGCUCGACAACAACCCUUCGCCGAUUUCUUCACCCGGCCCGCUUUCUGUCAAACAUCCUCGAGACCAUAUCAAAUCACUAAGAAGUGGGAGCAUCACAAACUCAGUGAACGAAGGGGACAGUUGUCUUGAAGACGCUAUAGCCAACGAGGACGGCAUGGAAAGUGACCUCACGGAACAGGAAGAGCUAGAUGAUGAAGAUGAAGACGACUCUGCUCCAGAACAAACUAAGAGCCGGAAGUGGAGAGGUCAAAGACCUUCGAUCGAUGCCACCAAUACUCGUACUCGUCCUAUUCGAAAUCGAGGUAACCGCGCAAGAGGGAGAGGGCGAAAAAAGAAGUGAAUCAUCCGGGUUAGGUCGACCACCUCU